UUGUGCGUCGAAUUCCUGCUCUCUGUCUCUCUGUGUCUCUGUGUGUGUCAGUCCGGUUUGGUGGGGUAUUCCCCGCAGCUCAGGCUCCGCCUCCAGUUCCUGGAAGAGCUGCAGGCAGGAAACUCUUCCGCGUGCAGGUGAAACCGACACACCUGAGGCAGCAGUUUGGGCGUAAGAGGAUAAGUUGCAGCAUGAUGACGUCAUGUUCCGAAGCGCCCUGUCCUCACCUCAGCCUUCCGGUCGAGAUGGACGAGUCGAUGACAUCAUCGUCUCUGAAUUUGGCCUGGCCGGCAUGUCAGAAGUGUUCGGUGCGUGCUGAUGACAUCACACACCCCAGCAAUUACAUCAUGAUUAGUGAUGACCGAGAGGGCGGAGGCCCAGAUGCCUGUUUGAGAGAUCGUGCAUCGGGGCUUGCACCUCGUGUAGCCACGCCCACACAGCGGGGCGCAUCAGACAUACACCGUCUCCAUGAUCCCCUGGGAGGUAUGGUCCGACUCCACCAAGAGUUCGCUUUGGCGAGGUUUCCUGAAAGAGGUUACAUAAUGGGACACCGGUGGAACGUUCCGAGCGAGGUUGAGGAGAGUCUGGAGCCGCCUCUUCCUCUCCGCUCUGAUGUGGGAGAGAGUCCGAACCGAGUCACUCGACCUGGACCCACACGUUCGCCUCUCUAUGCUGUAGAUCCUCAAUGUCCCAGAUGUCCACCUCCACCUGUAAACAUGCCAUCGCCACCUAACCAAGCCAGACCCGCGGUUCCCGUGGCAACUCCCCAGGGCACCACCGGUGUGAGAGACGCACCUGAUGUGAUGUCGGAGUUGUGCAUUGUUCCCUCUCAGCCAUUCAGGAUGGGCCAUGUCCCGGCACAGGAAAUGAGGCGUACCGUCAGUCUCCCUGACGACUGCAGAACCGUUUUCAUCACGUAUUCCGUGGACGUGGCAGAGGAGAUCUUUCCGUUUGUGACGUUCUUGAUAAAUCAAGGCUUCAGACCUGCUAUUGAUAUUUUUGAUAACGCCGUGCGGCAAAUGGACGUGAACAAGUGGAUGGACGGCUAUUUAAAAGAUAAGUCGGUUUUGAUCAUCAUGGUCAUCAGUCCGAAAUACAAGAUUGACAUCGAGGGCGAUGGAUCAGACCAACACGGACUGCACACCAAAUACAUCCACAGUCAGCUGCAGAAUGAGUUUAUCCAGCAGCGCUGUCUGAAUUUCCGACUCGUCCCUGUUCUCUUCCCCAGCGCUAACCAGAGUCAUGUCCCGUUGUGGUUACAGAGCACUCGUGUGUUUCGGUGGCCUCGCGAUGCUCAGGAUCUGCUGCUACGUUUACUGAGAGAGGAGAGAUACAUCGCUCCCCCGCUUGGCCGCGACCUCACGCUCAGCAUCAAACCACUCUGAGACACACACACACACGUACUCAUUAAUCUUAUGUAAUUAUCAUAUAUAAGGUGAGAAAUGGAUCACAACUAAUGCAUAAUAUUUAUGAAAUAUAAAAAAAGGUAAAAGUAAAUUACAUAAGGAGGGACAGACGAGCACGCUGAGAGAAGUUUUAGGAAACACUUUAUAUUAAAAAAAACCCCACCUGAUCUUGUUGUCUGGAGUUCUGUCCUCUAUUUGAGACGUUUAAAAUCCUAGCCAUGUGCAAUAUUAAAGCAUCAGCUCAAAAUAACGACUGGGGUUUUCUUUUCCACAUUCUCGACUUUUUACUGGGAAGAUUUAUGAUGUAACGACUUUGGCUUUUCAAAUCAAAAUAAAGAUGUAUUUUAAUGAAA